GCACGAUCAGUUCGGUUCUGCCCGUCGACUAACAAACAUUCUGCGGUUCCGAUUUGCAUCGCAAUUCGCCGCACACAAUAAUUCGGUUGUCAUCUGCGGAACAGAGAGUUAGAGAGAGAAAAAGUAAAAAAAAAGAAGAAAGAAACAUUGUUUGUAUUAUUGGAUUACAUCAGCAGCCCUUACUCUCUCAGUGCUCGCAUACGGGUGGAUAUUUAUUUACCUGGAAUAUAUGAACAGGUUAUCUAGUUAGACAUUAGUAUCGUACAAACCACAGCGCGGCUCGUGCGGCAUCAUUUCUCUUCUCACGUAGCGAUCGCGGGCGGCAGAAGAAUAGUGCGCAUCAUCAUCAUUAUCAUCACACACAGAGUUGGAGAGGUAGAAAAGUGAGAACGACGCAAACAAUUAACGCACCGUGUGUCUGCAAGUGUUGUAACUGAGUCGCAGUUGUGCAACUGGGAGAAUUUGGAUUUCCCCAUCUCCAGAAACCAGAAACCAAAGAAUUUACCCGACAAUUCCGGAGUGGUAACAGUGCGCGCCGGUUUGUGGUUCUUUCCAUUAUCGACCUCUCCAGGCGUCGCUCAGAAGCUAAUGCGGCAGAGUAUAAGUGCAAUCAAAAGUUAAGGUUUCACUUUCAUGGUGAAAUUACCAGCUGACAGCUGAACACAUCCUACGGAUUCUAGAACAAAACACUGCAUUGAGGAACGCGCUUCAGUCUACGAGGAAUGCAUCUUCCAAGGUUUCCCACGGUUAGAUCUCCGCCGUCGCGAUUGUAGUUUGAUAAAGAAUACGCGUGAAUAACAAAGGAAUAUGUCGCCGGUUCGAUUGGUUUUGGAACAGUUCUCUAGGAGGAGUUGGAUUCCUAUUGAAAAGUUAUCGACACUACAGACGCUGUCACGUGUUGUACUGAUUCUUCUCGGGUUCAUUAUCUGCCUGGAGCACGUGGCUGGCGAUGGAUGCGUUAGAACGAAGGGCGAUCGCCACCGAACCAUCAUGGAGCGCUAUCGGAACUCUCCCAACUGGAACGGUAUUCUGACGGAAGAUUUGCUUCAUCCGGACAACCAGACCGAAAUCGACCUAUCCAAACAAGGCUUUAGUGAAGUUCACUGGCAUCUUAGCAGCGUUGUCGGUGAUGGGUACGAAGUGUACGAGCUAGAUAUGUCCUACAACAACCUCGACGCUCUGAAUGAGUUAACUUUUCUGAAGUUUUUCUCGUUGGAAAUGUUGAAUUUAUCCUACAAUCGAUUAACGGUUAUAAACAACCUAACAUUCGGUUCACUCAUCAGAAUGAUGGAUUUGGAUUUGUCGUUCAAUUUUAUUCACACCAUUGAAAAGGAAGCAUUUAACCGGCUGUAUGGAUUGGAAACAUUGAAUCUGCGAGAGAACUGUUUGAUAACGUUGAACGAUCAUCAAUUCCACUUCAAUGAUCACUUGUCCUCAUUGCUGCUCGAUCACAAUCAGAUGUCUUUCCUACCGUCAAAGCUUUUCGAUUCCCUAUCUAUGGUGGAGGAACUAUUCGAGGUGGACCUUUCAUUCAACAGCUUCAGGCGGAUGCCGUAUAUAGAGGUGAAAGAAAUUGGUCUGUUGAAGAUUGAUAACAAUCAGAUUAAUAUUCUAUCCGUCAAUCAAACAUACAACGUUAGAUCGUUGGUAGCACACCACAACGACAUACAAGACGCUGAUUUAUUCCAAUUUAGCUCAGCCGACCACGUUGAUCUGUCCCACAACAGGUUGGAUAACAUCGUAGGACUUCAUGAGAUGAUUCAGCUCGAAUACCUUGAUUUGUCAUCCAACAAUGUGUCCAAGUUCGACUACAAUCUCAAAUAUUCGAUCCGCAAUAUCCCAUCCCUGGUGACGCUGCGUCUGCAGAAUUGUAGCCUAACGGAACAGAACAUGGAAGGACUCCUGUCCUCGGAAUCAAUAUUGAACAUAGAUCUGUCGCAGAACGGCUUCGUGCGUUUGAAUAUCAGUCACCUUUCGAGUAUGAGAUCGUUACAGUACAUGAGUUUGAAUUUCAACUAUCUGCAGGAGCUGAUCGAUUUCGAACACAUGGCUAGUCGUUUCCCAUAUCUGGAAAUGAUUUCACUAUCCUUCAAUCGCUGGAACUGUUCGUACUUCGACAAAGUAAUAGCUUACCUCAACCAGACCCAAAUCCGAACCACAACCGAUCCCCGAGACUGCUUCAUCAACGGUACGCACGUCGCCGAUUCGGAUGUAUACGACGGGUUCGAGCCAGAGUAUACACUCAAUCAAGUUAAGAGGGACAUGAACGUCGUCAAAAACCUCGGCCGUAGCAUGACGUACUUCAUGUAUGCGCUGUAUUUCAACAUGCGUGGACUGAGCAAUCACACCCAGUUCUUGCUGUUGCAAAACGAUCGAAAGAUGCAAGCCAUGCACCAGGAAAUAGGACAUCUGGUGGGAAUGGUCGGAUUUUUGGUGACAAUGUUCUGUGCCGUGCUGGUGCUUGCGAUGGUUUACGGACUGCACGCCCUGUACAAAAAGUGGCGAAUAAAUCGUUCCGUCAAAGUAGUUACGUACAAUAAGCGGAACAACGAGUUUAGCAAUGGCGUUUCGGUGGCUGAGGUUAUUCACGAUAACAACGUGUAGAAAGGUGAUUCGUCCACUCAGUGUAGGGUGCCAUAGCUGUACCAAAUGCAAGAAAAAAGAUAAUUGUAGAUAGAUUGUUUUACCUUUUGUGUGAUUCGUAACCAUUGAUUGCAGUUUGUGAUGCUGGAAAGCGUACAUCUGGGCGAUUCUCGUACUGCUUGAAAAGGUGCUGCAGUAUUUCGAUUCCAUGAUGGAAUGUUUUUUAUAUGAACAACUUUAUGACAAAUUUAUUAAAUAAGCAUAUAUACGAAUAAUGGCUGUAAAUAACAUUAUUGUACACACAUUCGAUAAUAAGGCAUUGCGAGUACGACAUUGUUUUAAAAGUAUAAUAGGAUACAUGUUGUGAAAUAAAAUAAUUACAUUGAUGCAACUGUUUGAA